UAAAUCAUGUCAGCACCACCACCGUAUGAAGCAAAAGGAGAAGCGCCACCUUACCCGCCAGCGGCAGGACAAGCGCCACCAUGCCAGCCUGCAGCAGAUCAAGCGCCACCAUACCCUCCACAGGCCCAGUACCCGCCACAGGGCCAGUAUCCACCGCAGGGACAGUACCCACCACAGGCCCAGUACCCACCGCAGGGACAGUACCCACCACAGGCCCAGUACCCACCGCAGGGACAGUACCCACAGGCCGCCCCAGCCCAAGUUGUUGUGAUAGCUGCUCAGCCAGUUCAUUUCGGAAGAUACCCUGUAAACAUGACCUGCGGAAACUGCCAUGCUCAGAUUCAGACACAAGUGCAAUACGAAAUUGGAGUGCUUGUUUGGAUUCUUUGCCUGGCUCUGUUUUUCUUUACCGGUAUUUGUUGCUUCAUCCCCUUCUUGAUUGAAGGCUGUAAAGAUGCUGUUCACCAUUGUCCUGCGUGCAGAACCUUAAUCGGACGUAAAAGUGCUAUGUAAAAAAGAUGCGUUAUCUUAGAUGUCUUAUUAUCGAAUCAAAAAAUACCUUUUUUAGGGAUUGUAAACAAUAUAAGCCUCAGUUUUUCAGGGCUUAAAGUUUUGAUAUUCAUCUUCUUCAUUUAAGGUUCAUGAAGAUAAUCAGCAUUUAUCAAAUCUUCAAUUCAUCUAAAUUCUUGAAGAUACUCAGCAGAUCAGUUUACUUUGAAUCGAGCUAAGGACAUGUCAUUUCUAGAAUAUAAGAAUAUACCACUUACAAGCAACAGAUAGGAAGAUGUCUCUUAUAAAAGAAGAAAACAUCCUAAAUUGAACAAUAAUGUUAAUCUUGAUUUGUGCAGCGAUAUAAUAUGCUGAGUUACACACUUUGUAUUUAAACAUUUUUAAAGUGAUUAUGAUAAACAAGAUAGAUAUUAUUAUUAGGCUUACUUUUAUAGAAGACAUUUUCUCAGUACGAGUGUACCUGAUUUAAUCUAGAUUUAAUGUGAUCUGAAUGUAUUUAGCCUCAUCUCCGAUUGACAAUAGAAAACGUCAAUCGACUAAGCUGAGACUCAAUUUGAACAUUCAGUUUAUCAUUGACUAAUGACUAUAUCGGAGAAAAAAAUGAUAACAUUCAUCUUGAAUGAGAUUUUUAAAGCUUUUAGAAGAUUAAACUAUAAUGAGUCCAGUUUGUAGUAAGUUAUGACUUUUUUGAAUACUUACUCAUACUAUUUUACGGAA